AUGCCUGUUGAAAAAGUUGAAGCUUAUAGAGCUUUUAUGAAGCAUGUUAAAGCCCUACAAGUCAAUGUGCCAUUUGUAGAAACGAUGCUAAAAACACCUAAGUACUUCAACUUACUAAAGGGUAUCUUUGCUGCUAGGAAAGAUUUGGCUGAAGUCGUGGAAAUAAUAUUGAGUGAGUUACUCGAAAAGAAGGGCGAUCCGAGGAGUAUCAUAAUUCCCUGCCAAUUUGGAAAUGCAUUUGUCACUCAAGCGUUGACCGAUUCGGGUGCAAGCAUCAAUCUGAUGCCUUUCUCUUUCUUCAAGAAACUGAAUUUACCGGAGCUAAGGCCGGUAAACAUGAAGAUCCAUUUGGCAGAUAAGACGACAAUACAUCCAUGA